AGGCGGGACCAGCCGCCGCCGUCUCCGUCUCGGUGUCCCGUCCCCCACAGCGCCAGGCAGCCGCCGCGGGAGAAGCGGAAACUGCCGGGUGCGCCGCACGGACCGAGAGCGCGCCGAGGAGCCGCGGGGCGGCCUCUGUCCGGCCCAGACCCGCCGAGCGGAGCACGGCGCCCCUCUCCCCGGAGCCCCCAGCCCCUAGCCCCGCCCCGGCCCCGCCCGAGCUCGCCGCGCACCCCCGGACCGGCUCCCGCGGCCGCAGCGCGCCCACCUGAGCCGCUCGACGCCCACCUGAGCCCGUCCCCGGCGCCAUGGCGGAGCAGGAGAGCCUGGAGUUCGGCAAGGCGGACUUCGUGCUGAUGGACACCGUCUCCAUGCCCGAGUUCAUGGCCAACCUCCGACUCAGGUUUGAAAAGGGGCGCAUCUACACAUUCAUUGGGGAAGUGGUCGUUUCCGUGAACCCGUACAAGUUGCUGAACAUCUACGGGAGAGAGACCAUUGAGCAGUACAAAGGACGCGAGCUGUACGAGAGGCCGCCGCACCUGUUUGCCAUCGCGGACGCCGCCUACAAGGCUAUGAAGCGGAGAUCGAAAGACACUUGUAUCGUGAUAUCAGGGGAAAGCGGAGCUGGUAAAACCGAGGCCAGUAAGUACAUCAUGCAGUACAUUGCGGCCAUCACCAACCCCAGUCAGAGAGCCGAGAUUGAAAGAGUGAAGAAUAUGUUACUUAAGUCCAACUGUGUCUUGGAAGCUUUCGGAAAUGCCAAAACCAACCGUAACGACAACUCGAGCAGGUUUGGGAAAUACAUGGAUAUCAACUUCGAUUUCAAGGGGGACCCUAUUGGUGGACAUAUCAGCAACUACUUACUGGAGAAGUCUCGAGUGAUCGUGCAGCAGCCAGGAGAGAGAAGCUUCCAUUCUUUCUAUCAGCUUCUCCAAGGAGGUUCAGAGCAGAUGCUACGCUCUCUACAUCUCCAGAAAUCCCUGUCAUCCUACAACUAUAUCCAUGUAGGAGCUCAACUAAAGUCUUCUAUCAAUGAUGCUGCAGAAUUCAAAGUGGUAGCGGAUGCCAUGAAAGUAAUCGGCUUCAGACCCGAGGAGAUUCAGACGGUGUAUAAAAUUCUGGCUGCUAUUCUUCACUUGGGAAAUUUAAAAUUCGUGGUGGAUGGUGACACGCCUCUUAUUGAAAAUGGCAAGGUGGUGUCCAUCAUAGCAGAAUUACUCUCCACCAAGACGGACAUGGUCGAGAAAGCCCUGCUCUACCGGACGGUGGCCACAGGGCGCGACAUCAUCGACAAGCAGCACACAGAACAGGAAGCUAGCUACGGCAGGGACGCCUUCGCCAAGGCAAUAUACGAGCGUCUCUUUUGUUGGAUCGUGACGCGCAUCAAUGAUAUCAUCGAGGUCAGGAACUACGACACCACCGUCCACGGGAAGAACACGGUCAUUGGUGUCUUGGAUAUCUAUGGCUUCGAGAUCUUCGACAACAACAGCUUCGAGCAGUUCUGCAUCAAUUACUGCAACGAGAAGCUGCAGCAGCUCUUCAUCCAGCUGGUUCUGAAGCAGGAGCAGGAGGAGUACCAGCGGGAGGGGAUCCCCUGGAAGCACAUCGACUACUUCAACAAUCAGAUCAUCGUGGACCUGGUGGAGCAGCAGCACAAAGGGAUCAUCGCAAUCCUGGAUGACGCCUGCAUGAAUGUCGGCAAGGUCACCGACGAGAUGUUCCUCGAAGCGCUCAACAGUAAAUUAGGCAAACACGGGCACUUUUCCAGCCGAAAGCUCUGUGCCUCAGACAAAAUCCUGGAGUUUGAUCGGGAUUUUCGAAUUCGACAUUACGCAGGUGACGUAGUCUAUUCUGUCAUCGGUUUUAUUGACAAAAAUAAGGACACUUUAUUUCAAGAUUUCAAGCGCCUCAUGUAUAACAGUUCAAAUCCCGUGCUGAAGAAUAUGUGGCCCGAAGGCAAGCUGAGCAUUACGGAGGUGACCAAGCGACCUCUGACUGCUGCCACCUUAUUUAAGAAUUCUAUGAUUGCUUUAGUAGACAACCUUGCAUCAAAGGAGCCAUAUUAUGUCCGUUGCAUCAAACCCAACGACAAGAAGUCCCCACAGAUCUUUGACGAGGAGCGCUGCCGGCAUCAGGUGGAGUACCUGGGGCUGCUGGAGAACGUGAGGGUGCGCCGGGCAGGGUUCGCCUUCCGCCAGAUGUACGAGAAGUUCCUUCACAGGUACAAGAUGAUCUCGGAGUUCACCUGGCCCAACCACGACCUGCCUUCAGACAAAGAGGCUGUCAAGAAGCUGAUCGAGCGCUGUGGUUUUCAGGACGAUGUGUCUUACGGGAAGACCAAAAUUUUCAUCCGCACGCCGCGCACACUGUUCACCCUGGAAGAGCUCCGCGCCCAGAUGCUCGUGCGGAUUGUCCUCUUUCUGCAGAAGGUGUGGCGGGGCACCCUGGCCCGCAUGCGGUACAAGCGGACCAAGGCAGCGCUGACCAUUAUCAGGUACUACCGGCACUACAAAGUGAAGUCCUACAUCCACGAGGUGGCCAGGCGUUUCCAGGGCGUCAAGACCAUGAGAGACUACGGGAAGCACGUGAAGUGGCCCACCCCUCCGAAAGUGCUCCGCCGUUUCGAGGAGGCCCUGCAGGCGAUUUUUAACAGAUGGAGAGCAUCUCAGCUCAUCAAGAGCAUACCCGCCUCCGACCUGCCCCAGGUCAGGGCCAAGGUUGCAGCCAUGGAGAUGUUGAAGGGUCAAAGGGCUGACCUUGGGCUCCAGAGGGCCUGGGAGGGCAACUAUCUGGCUUCGAAGCCAGACACGCCUCAGACCUCAGGCACUUUCGUCCCCAUCGCCAAUGAGCUGAAGCGGAAGGACAAGUACAUGAACGUCCUCUUUUCCUGUCACGUCCGUAAGGUCAAUCGAUUUAGUAAGGUGGAAGACCGAGCCAUUUUUGUCACCGAUCGUCAUCUGUAUAAAAUGGAUCCCACUAAGCAGUACAAGGUGAUGAAGACGAUCCCUCUAUACAAUUUGACUGGCCUGAGCGUCUCGAACGGGAAGGACCAGCUGGUAGUGUUCCACACCAAAGACAACAAGGACCUCAUCGUCUGCCUCUUCAGCAAGCAGCCGACCCACGAGAACCGCAUUGGAGAGCUUGUGGGAGUCCUGGCGAGUCAUUUCAAGAGUGAGAAGCGCCACCUUCAAGUCAACGUCACCAACCCGGUGCAUUGCAGCCUGCACGGGAAGAAGUGUACCGUUUCCGUGGAGACGCGGCUCAACCAGCCACAGCCCGACUUCACCAAGAACCGCUCGGGCUUCAUCCUCAGCGUGCCUGGGAACUGACGCUCCCCAGUGGGGCCCCGCCAGGGAGCUGGGGCGGCAGAGCCCGGAGCCCGCCGCUCAGCAUCUUGGGUCUGAUCUAAUGGCUGAUCCCUGCUACUGCCCGCUACAAAUCAGCUCGCAAGGGUCCUGCUUGGGGAGGAGCCCUCUCUGCCUUCUCUCAGGCUCCUCCCCUGAGGUCUUCUUCUGGCUUUCUGCCUUUGGUCUCCACCUUCCUCUGUCCCAACUGUCCGCAGUCCCCAAUCAACAAACCAAAGAGCCAAUGCCCUGGCCCAGAGCCCUGGGCUGACUUACAGACCACAUCUCACCUCCGAGGCAGCUUGAUGGUGCCUUCAGCUGGCGAAGGCCUCCCUGGACGGGCCAGAUAGAGUCUGCUCGCCUUGACCCAGUGACCAGCUGCUGCCCCUGUAGGUGGGGUGGGGGAGCCCAGGACACAUUUCCCCAACCAAAGACAUGCUCCCCCAGGGAGGUUGGUGCAGUUGAGCUGGGGACUAGCCCUGCCCUCUCCAUGAGCCCAUUCUGCUGCUCCUCGCCGCCAAGGUGCCUCGGGGAGCUUCUCAGCUCCUCAGGGACCCUGUUCCCCAGCAGCCAUCCAAAGCCACCAGGUGAGCAGGUUCACCUGUGGGAUCAGCCCCUCAGUCCAGGAGCCAGUAGCUGGCAGCCCCGCCUGCCCAGAGUCUCCUCCGGCCCCGGGCCUCCUGGCUGCCUCUCUGGUCGAGAGCAGGGGGAUGCUCCAAGGACCAUCCUAACCGUGCAGCCUGUGCCCGUGGUUGUCUUACACUUACAUUUGCAGCUCACAGGGCUGCUAAUCAGAUACCACGUCCACUGCGCCCACACUUGCGCCAGGAACACUCCUGAGCAAACGGAGUCACGGGCUGGGGGCACCCGUGGGUGUGGAAGUUGCUCCUUCUGGCACGUCAGUUUCAUACUCAUUUGGAGAACUAGGGCCGGGACAGAGGGCCGGAGCACACAGGAACCUUGCGAAGUAGAGAGAGAACGUGGGUCCUGGCGCUGCAGGCCAGGCCAGAAUGCCCACCCUGCCCCACAGACCCCGGCUCCUGGGCACGAAGUCCUCAUGACAGGAGAGCAGCGCCAUUUUGCCAGUCUGCCCAGCACAGGCCUUCCGAUGCCUUCGGAGACCUCCCCCUCAGCUGAAGGAACACCGUGACCCCCUGGGCAGCUCGGGCCUUGAAAGAAGAGACUCGGGCACCUUG